AUGAGUUUUUACAGUGAAACUUUAGAAUACAAUAAUCAAACUAAAUUAAAUAACAUUCAUUUCAACAAUAACAAAACAUUAACUGAAUUAACUGAAUUUACAAAUACUAGUGAUAAUAAUAAUUAUUUUGGAAUUACAGAACUGUUGGAUUUUAAUCAAUUUCAAUUUAUUGAUACUACUACAAUAUCCGAAACGGAUCAAUCAGAAUUAAAUUUAAAUUCAGACGAAGAUAGUAAUUCAAUUACAUUUGAUGAUUAUUUUGAUAUAAUGUCAGUUGAAGAUAAUGAAAAACAAAAAGAUGAUGAUGAUAUUAAUACUGAUAUCACUACAAAUUCAAGUAAUAAAUCUUCACCUAUUGUAAAACAACAACAAAUUAUUAAUACAAAUUUUCAUGAUUCAAAUUCAAACUCAAAUUCAAGAAGAUCAUCAAUUGUUCCAAAUAGAAGUAUAGGAGUUUCAAAUCUUUCACCUUCAAUUAAUUCUCAAAUUUCAAAUUUAAAUUUAAAUCAAUCAAUAAUAAAUUCAAGUUUCAGAAAUUUAAGGGGUGAUGAUAAUAAAAAUGUUAACACAUUUCAAAAACCGAAAUUUUCAAAUUCAAUUAAUGUAAAUUUAGCUAAUACAACAACAACUAAUACACCAUUAUCAUCUUCUUCAUCAUUGAAAACUAAAAAUAUAUAUGAUAUUCAAAAUAAUACAUUAAAUUCAUUAUCACAAUUACCUCCUUCAUUAUAUGAUAAUCAAUAUAAUGUAAUGAAUACACAAAAUGUGCAACAUACUAAAUCAUUUGGUGAUGAUAAUGCUACCAAUUUUAAUCAUAAUAUUUCUGGAAAAAAUUCUUUUAUUUUACAACACAAUUACAAUAACAAUCCUUUAUUAGUUAAUUUGGCAACAACAACUACAUCAACUGAUUCAAAUUUACAACUACUUCAACACCAUCAACAGUUACAACAACAACAGUAUCAACCUCAGCAACAACAACUUUAUCAACAGCAGCAGCUACAACAACAACAAUACCAACAAAUCCAACAUCAAUUUCAACAACCAUCAACUCAAUCAACUCAAUCUCAACUUCAUCAUUUAUUUACAAAUGAAUAUCAAACUCAACUAAAUUAUGAUCAACAUACUAAAACACCUAAUUUGUCAUCAUCAUUGCCUUUAUCAAGUUCAUCUUCUACAUCAUUAACAAAUUUAUCAGUUCCUAUAUUACCAAGUAGUAGUAAUAAUUCAUUACAAAAUACAAAAUUGAAUAUAAUAUCAAAUUUAAAUAAAUCUUUAAAUACAAUUGGAUCAUCAUUAAAUUUUAAAUCAAAAUCAUCAAUUGAAUCAAUGACUGCAAAAUUAUUACCAAAAGAUUCUAGAGCAAUUGAAGUUAGUGGUAGUGUUGGUAAUGAAAUCGGUCAAACAAAUACCACUACUUCUUUAUCAACUAGUGCAAUUACUGCUUCAUCAUCAUCAUCAAAUGAUCAAACGAAUAAUAUACAAUCAUCAUCAUCUUCGCCAAAUUUAUCUACAACAAACUUACAGUAUAAUGAAAAAACUAAAAGAAGAAAACAUAAAAAUUCAAAAUUAGGUUGUCCAAAUUGUAAAAAGAGAAGAGUUAAAUGUUCAGAAGAUUUACCAUCAUGUAUUAAUUGUAUUAAACAUAAAGUGAAAUGUGGUUAUUUGGAUUACACUGAAGAACAAUUACAAGAAUUAAGAGAAGCUAAACAACAAAAUCAAAUUCAAAAAUUGACUCAACCAAGAAGUGCAACUGAUUCACAUAAAUUAAUUCAAAGAUCAUCAUCAACUAGUAGUAUAAGAAAUAAGAAUGAAGAUGAAAAUGAAUCUGAUGGAGGAGAAGAUCAAUUAAAUAUUGGUGGUAGUAAUGCUGCUAAUAGAAUUAUCAAACCUAAAACUAAACGACAACCAUCAAAUUCUUCAAUUAGUAAAUUAUCAGAUCAAUCAACUCGAAGAUUAUCAACUUCUAAAAAACCAAAUAGUAGUAAUAAAAAUUUACCAACUUUAGGAUCAAUAAGUAAAAAAGAUGAUGAUGAAAUAAUUGAUUCAACUAAAAAUAAAUUAAAUCUAAGUCGUCAAAAUCCAAAUAGGAAAAGUGUAACUCAAAAUUUUGAUAAUCUAUUAACUAUGAAAGAUGAAGGUGAAAUCAUUUAUCCAGUUUAUAAAUUACAAACAGAAUCAAAAUCUCCUGAUGAUGAAAAAGAUAAAUUAAAAUUACCAACAACUCAAUUAAAAGAUGAUUUUAAUAUUGAAUCUCCUUCAAAUUAUCAAACACCUCAACAAUUUCAUCUGGCUACACCACUUGACAUGAUGUAUAAUCAAUAUAAUUCUCAAGCUUUAUCAGGUGCUAUUAAUCAACAAUCGACUUUUAAAUGUAUCAAGAGGAAAAAAAUAAAUUAUUCUGAAUAUUUAUUAAAAGUUUUAAAUACUGUUGGUCCUGCUAUUCAUAAAGGAGAAGCAAAUUUAUUUCAAAUUAGAGAAUUAUAUACUUUAUGGUUAAACAGUUUUAUUUAUAAAGCUUAUACAAGUGAAUUAAUGUUUAAUGUAUUAUUAAAUCUUAGCGCUAAUUAUUUAAUUACAAAUUGUUUUAAUGAUUCAUACAAGUAUUAUAGUUCUGAUGGAGAAAUAUCACUGAUUAAUAGAGGUAUUGAAUUAGAAAGAGUUAGACAAAUUUGUUUAGUUAAAUCUAUUCAUUAUUAUGCUGAAGUUAUACAACAUUUAAGAACUAUGUUAAAUACAAAUUCAGAUCCUGAUAUUGCUGGUUCAGUAUCAUAUAUUUUAAGUUUAAUGUCAGUUUAUGAUCCAGAAAGUUCAUUAAAUUCAACUGUUUGUUUUAGAGAAGGAUUAUUUGGAGUUUUAACUUAUAAUAUGAAUUCAUCUAUAAAAGUUGGUAGAUAUCCUCCAAAAUUAGUUUCAACUCAUUUAAAAUUAAUGACAAAUAUAGUAUCAUCUAUACAUUUUCCUGGUUAUGAUCCAACUUUCAUAAUAGAAUGUCAACUGUUAUUUAUAAGAUUUGGUGAAAUCUUAUUACCAAUGAUUGAACAUAGUAGAACAAAUUCAACUUCAAAUCAAUAUUUAACUCAUCAAUUUUUAGAAUUAAAAUAUAAAGAAUUAUUAAAAUUUUUAAAUGAAUCAAUUGAUCAUUAUUUACCACAAAUUAAUAAUAAUUUAUUUGAUAUGGAAUUACAACAAAGAUUAUUAUAUGAAAUGAUUAUAAAAUGGGUUAGAAUGUUUCCUGGUAAAUUCAUUGCAAAUAAAAAAACUCAAGGUCCAAUGGAAAAAAUCCUAUAUUUAUUUUAUAAAUUAGUUAAAAAAUCAUUAUUAGCUAUUUUUCCUCAAAUUAAAUUUUUCUUUUUAAGAGAUUUUGAUAGUCCUUUAAUGAUGGAUGUAUUUGCAAGUGAUGAUGAUUAUGAUAUUUAUAAAUUUGAAAUUGAAAAUCCUUCUACUAUAAAAUUUGAUUUUAAAAUUUAUCAACCUUUUAUAAAUGAAUUAAAAUAUAUUUCAUCAUAUUUAAUAAGAACUAUAAAUUUUUUUCAAUUAAGAUUAAGUUUAUUAUAUAAAUUUUUAGUUGAACAUAUGUCAUCUCAAACAGAUUUUAAAAUUAUGGAAAUAAAUCAAUGGAGAAAUAAUAUAAGUGAUAUAAUGAAAAUAAGACAUGAAUUUAUUGAAAAAAUUGGUAUAAAAGAAAUUCAAAUAACAUCAUUUGCAAAACAAUAUAUUAGAAAACAAAAUUAUCCUCAAAGAUCAAUUGGUUAUGAAAUAAAUGUUAAUGAAUUAAUUGAAAGUUCAAUAAUUGAUGAUGGUAAUAUAGAUUUUAUGAAAUUACAACCACUGGGUUUUUUAAAAGAUGAUUUUGAUAUUAGAAAAGAUCAUCAAAGUUAA